UAGUUGUCAAGGUUUCAGGCAGCCGCUCCAGCUGCGCGCUGCUGGUCUGGGCUUCCCGUCUCGCGCUCGAAGAAGCAACGCUCCCCCCCCCCCCCCCCCAUCAAUAUGGCUUCGGCUGGGGCGGGGAUGACCGAGCGCGAGCGGGACGGCUGCCGGGAGCUGUUGGAACUGCUCCAGACCGACGACCUGCUGGCUCUAGCGGACACGGUGACCAGCCGCCUCGUGCAGCCCAGCAACCGCCAAGAAGCCAUAAAUGUCAUCUUGCUGUACAGUCAAAGUACUGAAGAGCUGUUGAAAAGAAAGAAAGUAUUUCGAGAGAUAAUAUUCAAGUACUUGGCAAUGAAAGGAGUUAUAUUGCCACCUUCUUCUGAAAAACACCAGCUUGUUUAUCGUGCAAAGGAAUACUGGUGUGAAGAGCUGAAAGUCUCUGCUUCAGAGCAAACAUAUACUAAUCUUAGUAUACAGCAACAAGAAGAUGGAAGAACACAAGGAGAUCAAGAUGACAUCAAAGAGUGUCACAAUCUGGCAGAAGAAUUUUGUCAGUGGUAUUUUAGAAUGCUAAACUCUCAGAACCCAUUGAUUGGAGAACCACAACAAGAAUGGGGACCACAACAUUUUUGGGCUGAUGUAACGCUAAAAUUUUGUUACCACACUUCGGAACAAAACAUGGAAGAGUACUCAGGUGCAGAAUUGGUGAGCCUUCGCUUGUUGUCAUUAGUGAAAGAAGAAUACCUCUUUCUGAAUCCCAACUUGAAUGCAGGUGGCCUGAAGUGUACAGUUUCACCAUAUGGAUUAGUUGUGGUAGCAGUAGCUGGCACAGUUCAUAGAAGUACUUGUUGUUUGGGAAUCUUUGAACAAAUCUUUGGCCUCAUCCGCUGCCCAUUUAGGGAGAAUACAUGGAAAAUCAAGUUUGUCAAUCUAAAGAUUGUUGGCCAGAAUGCGAUAGAGCCUGGGACCCAUAUAGAAAGGCCAAGCAUAAAAUACGAGCAAGAAGAACUGCAGGAAUUUUAUGUGUCCAAGGAACUUGCCUUGAUUGAGCCUCAAAAAUACUGACUGUUCUGUUUUGCAAAACGAGGGAGAAAAGUAUGUGUGCCUUGGAAAAUACAGCAGGAGAGCACUCAAAGCAUUCAGUAAUUUAUUUGCCUUUUUAAGAAAUUAAUGCUUUCCUACUAUGAGAUAAUCAUAGAGAUUUGCUGCUGGUAAUUGUUGGCUUGAUUCUUGCCCCCAAAUUUACAAUUUGAAAAAUUACUUUGGCAGAUUAUUUUCUACAUGAGAAGGGAAGGGAAGGUGAGAAGAUACUUCUACUUUCCUGUCAACUUCUGCUAAGUACUGAUAUAGAGGAUGGGCGGGAGUGAAUAGCCAGGAAGAAUCAAGUAUAAAUGAGAAGCAUAAAGUAAUUGCAGAUGUAAUAUUGUCAUCUUGACUGCUUGUAGCUUUCCUUUUUCCCCUCUUUGG